AUGUUCAAAUUGGUCAACCGUUCCAGAUCUAUGAAGAGCAUGAGGACUGGUGGAGGGGCCCCCGGUGGUGCGCAGACGCACGGCCCAGAGUCCCCCGUCCUGGGGGAGCCGGGUCUUGUGUCAAGUUUCCAACUGGCCAAGGAAGACUCGAGCCUCUCUCAAAACGAGAGCGUGCCCUCCUUCUCCUCAGAGGGUGCUGCCGCCGACGCCGCCGCCGUCGUCGAAGCUCGUAACACGUACCGCCAUCGCCCGCUGCCUACACCUCCUCGCUCCAAGGCAUCAUCAACAAUGGCCGAGCGGCCGAGCACCAGCGGAGGGCUCUCCCCUCAUAACAACAGCACUGCCAGCUUCAGGUCUUUUGCCGACAGACGGAUUUCCAAGGAUGACAUGUACAUCAGGCCUCAGUCGUCGGCGCGCGGAGGCUUCAAAUCGUACCACAUCCCGAUACGGGACAACCCAGCAUCCCCGGUAGAGAGUCCCGGCGACUUUUCACCGGCUCGGACAUUCACCGUCAGGACGCAGACGCCAGACUCGAUGGACAGCAACAUGGGAACGAUUGCGAUUGGCAUGGCGAUAGGAAGCCCGACUCACAUCCCACCCGAGUUCUCGUCGCCGCCACCACCACCCGCACAGCCGAGAAACGACUGGCAACCGCAGGCGUCGAGCAUGAGCACCAGCAUGAUGAGAGCCUCACCAGAGCCUCUACCCUCGCCGAUGGAGACCGCGGAACCCGUACCGGCGCCGAAACAGAAGUCGGGGCGAUGGAAGUUGUUUGGACGCUCAAAGAGCAAGAGGCUCGCCUCAUCACCCGUCGCCAUCUCACAACCAAUGAAUCUCCAGCAACCAAUGGCCAGCACCCGGGAGUUCGAGAGCCUACCACCGAGCAAUCAGGCGACUGAUCUGGGAAGACGAAACACCGAGAGGAGACCGGGGGACAGCAAACCGGCCAUGGUCCGCUCACAAACCGCGGGGCCGAUGGCCGCGCCGCCCAGCCCGAAGGAGCAGAAGCCGCCAAAGCUGCUCAGCAGGAUGGCAUCAACACGGUCAACCCGUGAAAAGGUGAAGAAGUCGGACAUUUCCGCGCCGGUACACGUAUCGAUGCAUGUGCCUGCGCUCCCCACGAAGCCCGCAGGAAACUUUUUGGACGUGGAGAUCCCGAGCAUCAACAUGGAGCGGUAUAGCGUCAUGUUUGGCGGCAUCCUGCAGCCGCAAGGAUCGCCGGGACAGCAGGCGCAGCAACAGCAACAGCAACAGGGGGCGUCUGCAUUGUUGGCGAGGCGGCAGGCCACGCUGGACAGGCUCAAGACGAUUAACGACCAGGUCAUGAAGGAGGAGGAGGAGAAGGAGCGGAUGAGGGGUAGGAGCGCGACGUCACCGCAACCCCUCAAGUCGCCAGCCUUUUCGCUGUCGUUGUUCCCGGCGACGCCCUCGGAAUCGGCCAACAACCCGCCUGCGUCGCCUCGCCACCGCUCGCAUACGUCGCCGUUCCCGUCCCCGUCGAGGUCCAGCUUCGACCCUCCGCGACCCCGUUACUACCUCGAGGCCGUGAAGGCGGAGGCCUCGGGAAGAGCCAGGACCGCGACCCCAGACUCGAUGAGGGCGCCCCAGGACGUUCCGAUCGGCUUCGCCUUCGGGCCCGAGCAGUCCGGUCUCCUCCUCGACUCUCCCACCGACGAUCGGGAGUCGGAGGAGAUUCACCUGACGGAGCAGCUGAAGCCUACCAUUUACGAGCCCGCGUGGCAGAUGAUUACGCAGUCCGACUCCACGGCGCCCUCGAGCGCGGCCCCGAGCGCCAAGGACCGAUCGCCCGCUUCCGUGUCGUCGGCCCACACGCACGUCACGAAGCCUUCCCUUGACGAGUCGGAGCCCGACGACGCCCUGAAGGCUGCCGUCGAGAUCUCCAUUGCGCGCCAGAUCAGCAUCUCAAGGUCGCAGCGCCGGAUGCUCCGGCCGCUCAAGACGCCGGCCCUUCCCUCCGGAAGCCCCAGCAUGAGGAGCCCGGUGAGCGUGAACACGGUCACCAUUGGCAGGAACGAACGCCUCUCGUCAACAAAGAGCUCGACGCCGACGCUCAUCAGCCCCGGGGAGACGUUUGAGCAGCAGAUUGCGCAGAAUCGCAAGAGUGAGCGCAUCAUUGUCGAGGGAGAAUAA